AUGGCCGUUAUAAUGGAGCUGGACGUCUUAUUACACCACCCCACACAAACACACACAGCUUCUUCCCCCAAACACCAUCCCAAUGGCGGAAUAUCCGCUUCCGGCUGCCACUUCCUUCCCUUUAUCUCCCAGCAUGCACUGAGCCAACUACUGGCCUUCGCCAAGAUGGCUACCCCCAUGCACCGGCUGAUCGCCCGCAGACAGGCGUAAGUAAAGCGGGGAGCUCGCUGGCCGAGCCACAUUCACAGCGAGACUAGCUACGCGGGCGGGCGGGUUAAUGGUUAGGGCGGUGGGUGAUCCAGAGGUAGGUGGUACAAGUUUGGGGGGGGGUCGGGUACCGUGUUAUUUCCUAUUAGUUCUCCAUGUGUUUUAUAUCAGUUUGUGCCCUAUUGCCACCCAUAGCAGGCUGUGACACUUCACAGGAAAGUCGUUGAAGCCAUGGUGUGUCUGAAAUCCAGCUGGAUUGUAUGUGGCGAUAACAUAUGUCGUGGUGCUGUACGCGAACGCCAGUUAUGUGACCACUACAGCCAUCGUGUAGGGCAGUCCUUAUAGCGGGGGGAUCGAUGCUUUCAGGGGUCUGUGCUGCAGCAAUACAACAGGCUUGAAAGGACAUCGUUUGGGGCAUCCUGUGUCAGUGUCUAAACAGCUGUUCAGGACUAUCACUCCCAAGAAAAGUCCUAAAAAAAAAUUUAAAAAAAAUCAACUUCUGCUGGAAAACAGCUGAGGAUCAAAAGCUAGCAAUCUCUGAGCUAUAUGGUUGUUUUUCAAAAUGAUAUGAAAUAUGUUCACAGACCAGUUAGGAAUAAGACUAAAACUUGUACAUAUACCCAUUUUUAAAUUGGAUAAUGUAUUUUAAAUCGUUUAAUUAUCUUACUUUUUUAUUUUAUUUUUUAAAGCCAUAAUUUAGUAUUGACCGUGUCUUUCUGUAAACCCACAUGUUCUCUAUUUUAGCCCAUGUUCUACUACGCCAUCACCAAUCCUAUUUUGUAGCGGACCCUAAAAGUUACCCCCUGCUUCUGCAGUGCUAGUUGUUUCUUGUUCGCACAACUUGAUAAAUCAGUAAAACGCAGAAUGAUGUUAUCCCAGCCUAGUUAUUUGAUUCUUCAGUGAGCACGCUAGCACACAGAAACUAAGAAGGCAAAAGUCCAGAAGACAAAGUCUGGGUGCUACAUUACAACAAACAUAGUUUGGUAAAUAAUGUAUUUUAAUCAAUGGUUAGGGCAUAGGCAACAAUUGAUGGACUAGGUGACAGGCUAAUAUUUACAUGGGAUCCAAUGGACCACCUGUGAAACAUGACAGAUCUCUCAUUCCUGCCCCCUGUGUUCAGUCUAUAGUGUACUAGAUACUAGAGCGGCAGACCCCUCCCACACCUGGCUGAGACACUUAUCCUGGUUUAUGGGACCUGAUAGUAUUACAUAAACUUCUCUCCAUCAGAAUUUUUAUAUAAUUUAUCUACAAAGAGUGGUUGCAGUAAUCACAUAGCGUGAUUUGGAAAUGGUCAGUAAACUAUCAGCCAUGCCUCUCCUGCUAUUGGCUUAUGCACAGCCUGGUUCAUUGUUAAGGGAACCGAGCAGUGUUUUACUAUCAACUGAGCUUCAGACUGUACAUGCACUGCUCUUGGCAUGGUUCUUUCUUCAGUGGAAAAACUGUAGACCCUCUAAAACUGUAGAUGUUGUAGAACUGCAAUUUCUAUGUUGCUUUUGCUUAAUGACGAUUGUACUUAUGCAACAUUCAUGGUUUUAGAAUUUGCCAAGACUGAUUUGUCAAGUUUACUUUUUCUAGCAUACUCAUCCCUCGUUUAUAAUCACCAUCUUUUGUUCUUCCCCAAGAAUUGUGCAUACUCUAUACACUUGCCUGUGCUUCUGGGUUCUUGGGCAUGCAAAGCAAGUGUUGUUUCCGUAGCACUGGAGUAAGGAAGAAGGCAAAGACUACACAUCACUGCCAGGGUACUUAAUGUGACACCCAUUGGGACAGUGCUGCAAUUAAAUUUGUUUAUAAUAAAAAGGGACAAUCGGUUAACUGAAGGAAACAAUACAUGGGGGAGGCAUUUAAUAUCAAAAGAAUCUGAGGUAGAGUAAAACAAAAAAACAGAGCUGCAUUGAUACUUUUUGAUUUACCAUAUUUCUUUGGAGGUUUCCCUUCCCCCUCCAAUGCCAUACAUAGCCUUCCUCAUUUAUUCUUGCACAUGCUUAAGUUUGCACACACAGUGUUCAUUCUUCCCUCCUCACAUCAGCGAUCUCAAGCUUACACAUGCCCUUAUAAAGCAUAACCUGCUAUUGUGAAAGUAUCUUUUGUCAAGAAAAGUGUGUUUGAGGAGAUACUUAGAAGUAUAUUUAAAAAAAAAUAAAUAAAAAAAGUUGACAUGGCAUCAGCAGUUUACACAAGCUCUACUCAUUCGCAUCAUUUGUAAAAGUGUUGAACUACAAGUUAAGAAAUAAAAGACUUUUUGAAAAAAUAGAAAUGGGCAUUAUGAUGGUCAGUGGUAGAAAAUUUAGUUGAAGGAUUACUCUAAGCAUCAUAACCUCUAUAGCCCGCUGUAAUAGAUAUGAUGUGAGUACCCUGUUCUUUUUUGCGCCAAUGGUGCAAACCGUUUUGUAACAUAUUGCUCUCUUACCUGGUCCUACCAGACACCUGAUCUACUUUUAAGUGUGGCUGUGACUUGUAUCUGGCUUCUGCAGAGCCGGAUGCUGUUCCUGCCAGCCAUUCAUUGACUGAGAACGUUAGCUGACCUCUCAGCCAAUGAUUGCAAUUCUGAGCAUAGGAACGUCAACUCUAGAACUAACAUUUUAGUUCCAGGCUGGCUGGAGUUACAUCUCUGUCAACAGAGGGGUUAAACUCCAUGUUUGCAGCAUUUCAUAGUGAAACACUACGUAUACAGACUCCAGGCAAUCACUGAAGUGGCCAUGGUGCUUAGAGUAACCCUUUAAAAAUAAGCUGGGAAGGGAUGGUACCAAUUUUAGAAAACAUGGUGGGAGUUGGUACUUCAGAAUGGCCCAAUUUCGCUGAUUUACUCCUAACCCUCAUCCUUCACCCACCUUUUAUUUAAACAGGAAGAUGCCUAGAUUUUGCAGCCAUUCUGAGCUUUUUAUAUUCAUUUGUUUAGAGUGGAUGUGCUGCACUGAGCAAGUGGCUUUAUCUCUCUUUGAAUAAUAAGUUAGUGAGCUGGGAUUUUUGGGAAGGGUACACCUCUAUGAUAAGCAGGCCAAUCCUUCUGUGUCAUAAUCUAACAAAAGUAACUUUGUUACUGCUUCUGGUAAGGCAACAAAAAUGGUAUGAGUGCAGAGAUUUUCUACCAGAUAACCAGAAAUUAGUCGGUUACCAAAAAAUGUUUAGUCCUUGAUCGUGGUACUUGAUAUAACCUGUUUUACUGAUUGAGUGCAAUUUACUAACUGUUCUGUUUAUUUUGCUGGUAGUGAAGCAAAUAAGCAGAAUGUGCGUUGUCAGAAGUGCCUCGAGAUUGGACACUGGAGCUAUGAAUGCAGUGGAAAAAGGAAAUAUGUGUACAGACCUUCCCGAACAGCUGAACUAAAGAAAACCUUGAAAGAAAGAGAGGCAAGGAUGAUUAUAGGCCAAAGGUAAUUCUCGCGAGAGCUGAAAAAAAAUCAGUAUUUUUAAAUGAAGUUGUUAUGGUGCCAGAAGGCCCUUUCAUUGGCUUCCGUUUAGUGGUUAAACCAUUCACGAAAUUGUGGUGCGUACCCUUUUUUUUUUUUUAAAUUAUGAAUGGGGAACUAGUGAUUGGUUUAGAGCGGGGUGCCCAAAAGGUAGAUCCCUUGAUGGUUUGCUUGCCUUUAAAAAUAACCAAGCAUAAUGGAAGCUGUAGUUUUAAAACCUCUGUGGAUCUACCUUUUGCGCACCCCAGGUUUAGAGCGUCAGCUUGCCGCUGUUAACCAAUCAGCAUUGCCCAUGUCCAAUGCUGCCCAAGUCUUCUGUUGUUAGGUUUUCUGUGCUAUAGCGUCACUGGACGUCCUCACACUGUGUGAGGACCUCCAGCGUCGCUCAAUUCCCCAUAGGAAAGCAUUUUCAAUGCUUUCCUAUGGAGAGCUCUAAUGCGCAUGCAAGGCAUUGCCGCGCAUGCGCAUUAGGUCUCCCCGGCCAGCGGGAUCAGUCUCGCCCACCGGCCGACGUAAUGAAGAGGAGGAGGAGCGGCGGUGACCCGAAACCACUGCCGAGGGACAUCGGCGGGGGUCUCAGGUAAGUGACUUAAGGGGUUUUCACCCCUUCAGCAACCGGGGAUUGGGAGGGAGAGGGGACCUGCAGUGCCAGGAACACAGAUUGUUUUCCUGGCACUGGAGAGUCCCUUUAAGUAUUUGGUCAUAGUUCUAUAACUUGUUAAAGGGAAACUCCAAAACCUGCUUACACAGAAUAUGGGGGGGGGGGGAACAACUUUUUAAGUCUUGCUAGUAACCAAUCAGGGUUUUUUUUUUUGUUUGUUUUUUUUUUUUCAUAUUCUAUGUAAGCAGGUUUUGGAGUUUUCCUUUAAACCAACCAAUCAGAGCGCCGUGAGUCAAAUUGCAGUGCCUGGGAAGGUUUUAUAAGCAUUUCCACAUUUAUACGUUUUUUUGUUUUGUUUUGUUUUUUUUUUGUUUUUUGUUUUUUUGCGUCUGGAAAUUUUUAUUUUUUUGGGUGUGUUUUGUUAUUCUUUUUCGACGGGAAUUAUGGAUUUUUGUUUGACCUUUUUUGGGGGCUCAUAAAAAGAUUUUAGAAUAAAGAAGACUGCUAAUGGUAAGUAUGAUUUUAUUAUUUUUUUUACAUUGUCAUUUAGGACCCCCACUCAUAAGCCACUCAUGAGUAGGGGACGGGACAGUAGGUGCUCCCCCCCAUUUGUAGCUUAGGGCCCCCACCUGCCGCUCAUGGGUGGGGACAGAGGUAGGACACUAGCUGCUCACUGUUUAGUAGACAUUGUCAUUUAGGACCUCCACCCAUAAACCACUCAUGGGUGGGGGAUGGGACAGUAGGUGCUCCCUACCCUUUGUAGCUUAGGGUCCCCACUGGCUGCUCACUGUUUAGUAGACAUGCCCCUACUCACGGUAUAGCGAGCAGGGGCAGAUUAAUUACUAAUACGAAGUAAUCUUCACUUAGUAUUAGUAAAUUUGGCUGAAAGACCAAUUUUUGUUUUUUCAGCCUAAUAGUAAAUAGCUCCCUAAAAUACUGGACGAAAUUCAGUAAUUUCGCCAGUGUUCAAAUGCCGAAUGAAGCAACAGGAGGAAGAUGAGUAUUAUGGGAACUUGCUUUGACCACAGGAAAUGGAGCGGACUUAGCUCCUCCCCUGGGUCAAAGCUGGGCAAGCGUAGGAAAAAUACAUAAGACAAAAUAGUCCCUACUUUGUCUUAUGUUUUAAAGAAAAUUAGAUUCAAUAGGAAAAAAAGAACAACAGAUCAUGAGAGAGGGAGAGAAGAGGAAGCGAUUGGGGAAAGGUUAGUUUGGUAUGGCAGUGCCGCUUUAAGGUUAAUUUUGCACUGAUAUUUCUAAAAUGUAAACAUCAUACUGACUUUACAGUAUUAAAAUGCCCCAACCAAAUUAAAUUUAAAAACCUACAAAACACAGUUUAGCAGAAAUGCCUAUAAAGUCACAGUACUAAUCUAAAGUUUGGGCCAAAAUUCAGAGUUCAGUUUGAAGAGUCAUUAACUUUUUAAAUUUAUUUAUAAACCAAUUUCAAACAUUACAUACAAUAGAUGCUUCAUGUAUGUAUUAAGAUUUGUUUGACUAGUUACAGAAGAUGACAUCUUUUAAAUAAGCUUAAUUUGCCGCCUUGCAAUGUUUGGCUCUUUGGAUUGCAAAGUGGCAGCGGUAAGGUCAUUGCGUCAAAAACCUGGAACUGCCAUUUUGAAAAUAAAUUUCCACUAUUUUUACUCGGUUACUUUGUGAAAUUACCCAUGAUGAAUAUUCAAAGACUUAGUUCAAUUAUUGUGUUUCAAGUACAUGUUAUAAUUACUAACAAAUAAGAUAUUUAUCUGUAAAAUACUAGUCUGAAUUUUGGCCCAGUUUCUAUAAGUCACUUCAAUAAAGUUAUUCUUUUGCUAGACAAAGGCAGAACUUAAAGGGGAACUGUCAUGCUCCAAACAAUUUAUGCUCGUUAGAUUGAGCAUAAGAUUCUAUCUAUACAUUGUGCUUACAGCUUUGCUAGCUGAAGUAUGGAUUAGGAGAAAAACCUAUUUAAAAAUGUUUUUCUUCCAUCUGUUACUCAACUGCGUGCUGAGGCAUUGACUGACAAGGGAGAGUAGAAACGACCUCCCACAGCAAGUCCCCCUGCUCUCCGCUCAUAGCAACAAUAGUGCACGCUUCUAUCACCAGCUAGGGAGUAUAGGAACGGAAUGACAUGACGUCUCUCUUUUCUGAUGUUGGCAACUAAGCCAGCGUGCUGAUGUCACUGAGAUUUUCCCUGUAUGGGGAAGCGUCCCAAGCAAGGCCAAUCAAAUUAUACAGGUGGCGCAGCAAAGGACGACCACAGGUGAGUGUUAUACGAAGAGUAUAACACCCAUGAAGAAGUUGCAGGAAAGGAGUAAAUUUCUAUAUUUUACAUUGAAUAUACCAUGUAUCUUUAUGCUAUAUGGUGUAUUCAAUGUAUAUGGGUAGGGUAAGAUUUUAAGUAAAUUCAUGACCUAAGCUUCAUCCUUGAGGCCAGUUGGAAGUUGAUUGCCUGAGCUAAGUUAAGUUUGCAGGGCUUGGCUCAUUGACUAAAGGGGGAUCAUCUGAUAUAGUCCGCUUAUAAGCUUAGGUCAGCUUUGGCAGAAGCUCCUAAAUACACACUGUCUCUACUGCCCACUGAGUAGAGUAGUGGAUGAAUGGUAAGAAGUCAAAGUAUUCUAUAACCAUUUAAUUACUUAUAGGUUGGGGAGAGGGGGUAGUCCUGGCACAUUAUGAUGCGUGGAGUGUUCCUUUAAGCAAACAACAAAUCCUUACAGAAUGAAUAGACAAUUGUCUAUGGAUUAAUGGCAAAUGGCCCUCGCAGACUUUUCAUCUUGUAAUUUAUGAAUACUGAACCUGUAAACUAACAGUCUGUUUCUUUUUGUUUAAAGCAGUGGCAACAAUGUUCCAGACACAAAAGGAAAGAAAAAAAGGUGAGAUUCUUUCUGUCAUAAACUGAGUCAUGGUGUUGCAGCUAAUUGUGGUGGUGAAGGUGCAGUGAGACCAAGAGCACCACACACUCCUUUUCUGUCUUUCUGUGGUCACUCCAAAAAUAGUGAAGUCAUACGUCUGCAUUAUCUUUUUAAGGUUGCACCUUCCUGCAUUGCAAUAAUAGGCAGUUCCAACAAUCAGGAUCCUCUCUUUCGAGUCUAUGGAGUCUGCUCCUAUGCCAAACCUCUGUCUUUAGCUCGUUAUGCAUGUUCCCAUCUCCACCUCACACCACUUUCCUUUCUUUCUUUCUUUCUUUUUUGCUUGCUAGCAAAUUGUAGAAAUAGAAUUUAGAUGGCAAUUAAGUUAGCACCAUGUGUUAUGAUGAUUGCCCUUCUUUGCAGAGAUGGGUGUUAAUUUGGUGUAACAUCCAUAAAUCCCCGAUCACAGUACAAAAAGGUUAGUAGCUGCUGGGUAGCAAAUUUGCAAUUAAAUGUACUGUAUUCUCUCUCAAUCUCCAAACACUUUUGUAUGUCCUUUAAUAUUUGCAGAGUUGGUAUAGCUUGCCAUUGCCCUAUAAAAAAAUUGCUAUGUUUUUACUGCCUAACAAACCAUUCUUCAAGGCUUGCAGAGAGUGCUAGAUUAAUUGAUAUUUUAUUUUGAAGGGAAUCAAGUAUUCUACAAAUCCUAGAAGCUAGUGGGUCAUGCAUAUUUUUGGGGAUUCAUUGGAUUUUUUUUUUGUUGUUGUUGUUUUUUUACUGUCCACUUGUAGCCAACUAUGGCCUCAAUUUCAUAUUGUUGGAUAAGCUGUCCAAGUAAUUUUAAUAUUUUUGUCUAAAUUUUUAAAACAAUUUAAUGUUAUGGAAAAUAUUUUAAUUGUGUGAAUUUUUUUUUUUUUUUUUUAAUAAGUUAAUAAAAAUCAUUUGAAAAGCUGAAUUUACAAUAUUAAAUUGAAUCCUAUAUUUUAAAAUGUAAACACUCCCAUAAUAUUUUCUAGCGUCUGGGUCACUGCGGCUGAUAACCCAGUCCAAAUAAACCUAUAGUAAAAAAUACCCAUCUCAGAAGUGGAACCUCUGCAUUGGUUAUUGGUAAUGAGAUCUCUGAAUUUAUUCCUCACUCAUUGAUAAAUCUGUUUUAUAAUCUUACCAGUACAUCUGUAUUUUUUAUGGAGAAUGGUUACUGAAACACAGUACCUCUAAUCUUUCAGAUCAAAAAGUGUUACAAGCUCCAGUAGUAACAGCAGCAGUAGCAGUAGCAGCAGCAGCUCUGAUACCGAAUCCUCUUCAGACAGUGAAGACUCCUCCAGCUCUUCUUCAUCUUCUGAGGAUAGCGACAAAAGCUCAUCAAGCUCCUCCUCUUCUCCGUCCUCCCAGAGCUCAACUUCAUCAUCUGAAUCUGACUCCGAAACCAGCAGUACCACCACCAGUAGCGAUGACAGCAGCAGCGACGAAGACAGUAGUUCAGAAGAUGAGCCGCUGAGAAAGAAAAGAAAGAAAUAAUGGUGGUAAAACAGUUUGUCGCUGGAAAUCAUUUUCAAGACCUCUGCAUCAGCAACAUUUUAUAUUCCAUCUAAAGAAUAAUGAGAAUUUGCAGACUGAAAGUAGGGAAAAUGGAUUUCUCACAUGCUGAAUGCAGUGUACAACAUUGACAUAUCUUUAAUCCACGUAGAUUUUAGACUUUUUUUUUUCUUUCUUUUUUUUACUUCUUCUUUCAACACAGCACGGAUAAUGGAGGCGGAAACGCUGUUAUAUGCCGUGUUUUGUUUUGCUUUUUUGGGGGCUCUAAAGGCCAUUUUUAAAGUAUGACGUUGUUACACAGACGUGGAUAAUAUCUGCCGCACAUGGUGGGACUAUUUUAAUAUGUACAUAAGUUGUAUGUAUAAACUGUGAAAUACUUCCUUUUUUGUCUUUCCAAAAUAUUAGCAGGGUGUAAACUACAAAGCAAGGUUUAACCUCAUAUUUGAAGAUUCCUAUGACACAUUUAGUAUCGGAGAGGGAAUUAUUUUUUAUAGAGGAUUAAUGAAAAAGAAAAAGGUUUAUUGUUGAGAGAGCCUAUUGUAUCAGAAUGGAUCGUUCAUUGAACGGGUUCUAUUUUUAUGGUUAGAGAAGCAAUUCCCAUGCUGGUGAAUGUGACUUUUUUGGUGAGGAUUUUCUCUGUGAGAUUGAACAGAUCACAAACUGUUAUUUUAAUGUAGUUCCCCAAGUGCCAUGUUGUUGAAGGUCAAUGCAUAACCACACCUCUUGUUGCAGGCUCUUCCAGCACCAAAAGGGUUAAUGGUCUCCUUGUAAACUGUUCUGAAUCAGUAUAAACUGUGUGCCUUUUUUACAUAUUAGUUGUCAUUGAAAGAAUGUGUAGCCUUAAAUGUGCAUAUUAUCAAAAUUACUUUGUACAAUCUUGCACCAAAAUUUAAUCUAAACUGACCAUUAUUAGCAUGUUGUGCAUUUUAGUGCUUUUUAUUAUGUUUUAUUUGUUUCCUGAUUUCAAUAUAAGUUAUGCAGCCUAAAUGUAUUGAGAGAUAAGGCAGAGCAGGGUUUUUUUUUUUUUUUUUUUUUUUUUUUUUUUUUUUUUUUUUUUUUUUUUUUUUUUUUUUUAAAUCUAUUGCACAGUUAUCAGUAGCACAAACCUGCUUUCAAGCUGGCAUCUGCAGAUUCACAAUAGCAGAUCAGUGAAGCACAACCUUCCUUACAAAAUGCAUCUCAAAUUAUAAUCAAGCUCAUUUUUUUUUUUUUUUUUUUUUAAAUUGGUUAAUAGAUAUAUUUGUUUAAAGGAAAUAUGUUUGUUUAGGUUGCAUGAAUGAAAUUUUGAUUUAUAUCUGAGACUUUCAGAGUACUGUCAAGAGUUUUCACUAAACACCUGCUUUAAUCAAAUGAAACCCAAAUAGGCAAAGUAAAGGCUUAAGUAGCUGAUUUGGAAACCAGUUUUAGUUACAGCUAUUUUAGCCUCAAUUUUGCCAUUAUGAUUUAUUUUGCUAAAAUUUGGUGUUACAUGAAUAACUCUUUCAUCGUUGUAGUGCCAGCUAAGGUCCUAAAAUCACAGGUGCUGCUGCUUUGGUUCUCUAUAACUUUAUAAGUAUGUAGAUGGCGUUAUUCUGGAAAUUGCAUCCUUCAGAUGAAAAAUAAAUUGAUCAAGAUACAUUCUUCUAAUGUGUACAAAACAUCUUUAAAUCCCUCCCAGUGUCAGAAGGGGCUUUGCUGCUAGAAAAACUUUGUCAGUUUCCUGGGGAACCAAUGUACUUACAAAGCUAUUUCUUCUUAUAGGAACUCCAUAUAAUGGCUUGAAAUUAAUUUUCUUUUGGGACUUGGAUAAGUGCAGGGAUAGGCAACCUUCGGCACUCCAGAUGUUGAGGGCUACAUCUCCAUGAUGAGCUUACAACCAUAAUGCUAACAAAGCAUCAGGGGAAAUGUAGUACACGACAUCUGGAAUGCCAAAGUUGCUUAGCCCUGGUCAAGUGGUGACAGGAUCACUGUAUGCAUUUAAAUUAUUUCAUUUAAUAGGACAUAGUGCCUGGAGGCCCAUGGCAUUGUCCCUCCAUUCAGUCUUAAAUCAUUUUUAAGCAGUUUAACACUGAAUCAGUGUCCCAGGCCACCAAUGAAGGUAUGGCAGAGGUUAUACUUUUUCUAACAUCCAAAUUCAUACCAUCAAUGGGUGGCUUUGUUAGGCUGAAAGUGGUCAGGUGCCAUCCAACCAAUCACAGCCUCCCAUUGUUGCUCAGAUUAAUACUUCCUCAUUAGAGCAAGCAGCACAGAGACCUAAAAACUUCUUUACAGUGAACAGUAGGACAGAGCCAAGGAACUACAGACAUUAUAACCAUUUCAGAUGAGAUGAAGCAGUUACAGUGCUUCGAGUGUCUAGAAUCACGGGACAAAAAAGAACAUUCCAGUACAGUGUAAAAAAUGUUAAAAUCAAGUCCCUUUUGUCUAAUGGUUGUUCUCAGUGAAUACCUUCUUGUCUAAAGGAUUUUAAGUUGUUGAGAUGUAUUAAGUAUUCUCCAAAUAAUAAACUUUGACUCGUCCUCUGUCGUCGUCAAGGGAACUACCCAUUUCUCCAUGCACUAUCAAAUUAGACCCCAUCAUAGUAAGUUUAUAUUGAAAAGGACUCUUUUAAUACUAGUGAGGAUUAUAGAGCAAUGUGAUUGAAAUGGGUAAAAUUAAAACGGUUCUUUUUGUCAAGCAACUCACAAUCAAGCAGAAAUUAUUGGUACUUCAUAAGAGUUUCCAUAAGGUAUCCAUAUAGUAAUUACACGCAGCAAAAAUCCUUGACUACAUAUUUCACUAGCCAUGAAUCACAAUUCAACCACAAAUACACCAAUAAGCACCCACUUUGCACCAUUGUGUGCUUGUCACCAUGGCUGCUGUCUGCGAAAAUAUGGACAAGAAUGUAACUCUACCCAGUAAUAGAGCAAUGUUAUUCAAUGAAACCCUGUUCAAAACUCUAAAUCCCUGAGAGCGUGAAGCAGAUAAUACAAAAACUGUUUAAUACUUACUGACAUUUUCUUUCCGCGAUUAACCAUUCUAUUUCACCUUUUUCAUCUGUUAGGGUUUAUGGAACUAAUUACACAAAUAGAUUAAUUGGCAGUGGGCUAUGCUAUUUAUGCUAGUUUCAAAGAUUCCUGUACUUUUUUGCGGUGUGGGAGAAAUGUAUUUGCUGCCAUGUUUGAUUAGGAAAAUUCCUAUGUUGGAAGUCAGUCUAUUAAAGAGGCAUUGCAGGUAGGUUACUGUGCAAGGGUUUAUAUGAUGUGCAUCAUAUGAUCAUAAAAUUUAAAGCAGCGCCACAAUUUGUUGUCACAUUUUGGUUUUGGUUUGGCUAGAACUCACUUUGGAACCUGCAAAGUUUGGGACUUAGCAGCAAAUGCCAUAAAUUAGAAAGUUAGUAUUUUCUUUAGCAUAAAUAGAUUUUUUUUAUUUUUGAAAGCCGUACUCUGCAUAAAUGUAAUUUCCAGCCUGGAGUGUCCCUUUAAGUAGUACGUUCCCAUAUAAAUCAGUGUUUUAUUUCUAGCAUCCUUGUUUGACUGCAAUAAUAGCACAGUUUUAUUGACUUGAAAUGUAGUGCAUUCCAUAUUGUCUGGGUAAAGGCAUACUCUAAGCACCACAAACAUCACAGUGCACUGUAGGGGUUAUGGUGCCCUGGGCCGUUUACAAACUGGCAUCAUAACUGCUUCUGCAUGCUAUAAUGCUCAUGGUGCUAAGAGUAUUCCUUUAAAAGGACACUAUAGUCACCAGAAAAAUUACAGCUUAUUGAAUUUGUUCUGCUGAGUAGAAUCAUUACAUUCAGGCUGUAAACACAGUCUUUACAGAGAAAAUGCAGUGUUUACAUUACAGCCUAGUGAUAACUUCACUGGCCACUCCUUAGAUGGCUGUUAGAGAUCCUUUCUGAGUCAUGGCUGCCUAAAAUGCAUCCAAACAUUCAGUGUCUCCUCCCUCUGCAUGCAGACACUGAACUUUCCUUAUAGAGAUUCAUUUAAUGAGGAGAUGCUGAUUGGCCAGGGCUGUGUUUAUCUAAUUUUAGCAACACUCUCCACUUCUCCCCAUUUAGUCGAUGCACCCUCAGGGUUUUAACCAAAUAACCCAUUCACAGUAGAACAAUGUCAAUUUGUCAAAAUUCCUUCUUGCCUUGUCAGCUGUUUUGGAGACAAGUUUAACUAUAUACAUUAUAUAGUAAGUUGUAUUACAUGCCGCACCUUCGUGUAAGAGUGUCAGCCUCUCUGCCAGGUCUAAUGUGGUGCCACCUGUGUCACACUAAUAAUCAAAUGUAUGACGAUUGUUUUAAUAAAUUUGUAAGAGUUAAUUUAAAAAAAAAAAUUAAAAAAUUGAUUUUUUU